GGAACUACCUGCACCAUGAACAGCUUCAUUGUUACAGUCCUCAUCUGGACUACAGUGGCAUAUGCCGAAGUAGAGAAGGCACUUGAAGAGAUCCAUGACGAUGGUUUUCAAAAGUGCCAGAAUGCCCUGCAUCUACCUGUUUUGGAAGUGCUACCUGGAGGAGGCUGGGAUAACCUGAGAAAUGUAGACAUGGGACAAGUGGUGGACUUGAAAUACACCAAAUGUAAAACCACAGAAGAUGGACAGUACAUCAUCCCUGAUGAAGUCUUUACUAUUCCUCAGAAAGAGAGCAACCUGGAGAUGAACUCAGAAAUCCUGGAAUCCUGGCAGAACUACCGAAGCACCACCUCAUUUUCCAUCAACAUGAAUCUUGAUUAUGUUCCCAAAGUCAAUGGCAAGUUCUCUACCGAGUUCCAAAGGAUAAAGACCAUUCAAGUGAGAGACCAUGCUGUAACUACACGAGCACAGGUGAGAAAUUUGGUCUACACAGUGAAAACCAACCCAAAUGCAGAACUUAGCUUGGGGUUUAAGAAGGAGCUCAUGGAAAUCUGUGACCGUCUGGAGAAAAAUCAGACGAAGAUGGCCACUUACCUGGCAGAACUCUUGGUCCUCAACUAUGGCACACACGUAAUCACUAGUGUGGAUGCUGGGGCUGCACUGGUUCAGGAGGAUCACAUAAGGUCCUCCUACCUCAAGGACAAUAAGAGGAACCAUGCUGCUGUAGCUGCAUCUGCUGGAUUUACCUUUGCAAAGGUUGUGAACUUCAAAAUAGAGGCAGGCUUUGACUAUCAAAAUACCUUGGCCACAGGCUAUCUUGCAAACAGAACCAAUUCAAGGGUGCAGAGCAUUGGAGGAAUUCCCUUCUAUCCAGGGAUGACCAUUGAAACCUGGCAACAAGGCAUCGUCAACCACCUGGUAGCAGUGGAUCGUGCUGGCUUGCCUCUGCAUUUCUUCAUCAAGCCUGAAAAGCUUCCUGGUUUUCCACACCACUUGGUGGAGCAGCUGGCAAAGACAGUAGAAACUGCUGCAAAAAGCUAUUACAAUUUUAACACUUUCCCAGGCUGCACAAAUAUCAACUCCCCAAACUUCAAUUUUGAAGCCAAUACAGAUGAUGGCUCUUGUGAUGGUAAAGUAGUCAACUCUCCCUUUGGAGGAGUUUAUCAGUUGUGUGCUCAAUCAUCAGGACAAAGUAAGGUUGAUAUGUGCCUAGAUUUCUAUCAGAGGAAUCCACUUACUGGUGGAUUCUCUUGUCCCUCUGGCUACACCCCUGUCCAUCUGCUGACUCAGACCCAUGAGAAGGGGUAUACCGAAAAGGAGUGUAGAAAUAAAUGUACCCUCAAGAUAUUCUGUCAUACAGAGUGUAAAGAUGUGUUCCGAGUGGCCAAGGCUGAAGUUAGUGCUUAUUGGUGUGUGGCCAGUAGCCAAGUAGCGGACAACUCAGGAAUUCUCUUUGGAGGAGUCUUCACCGACAAGAGCAGCAACCCUAUGACAAAUGCACAGUCAUGCCCAACCAGUUACUUUCCUCUGAAGCUGUUUGAGAAUCUCAAGGUAUGUGUUUCUCUGGAUCAUGAGUUGGGGCCCAAAUCUUCGGUCCCUUUUGGUGGGUUUUUUAGCUGCUCAAAAGGGAACCCGUUGUAUAAUUCUUCCACAUCUGGAGACUUAGAAAACUCAUUUCUGCCAAAGUGUCCUGGGGGCUUCAGCCAACAGCUAGCUGUGAUCAUUGAUGGAUGCCAAGUGUCCUACUGUGUCAAGGCUGGAAUCUUUACAAAGACAUCUCUGGCCCCUGCUAGGCUCCCACCUUACACUCAGCUACCUAUGAGUCAGUUUUCCACAGACCCAGUUGAGGUGACAAGUAGUGAGAGUGCCAAAUCCUGGGUUAAGGACCCCUAUACCCUGCAAUGGAGGCUAGAGGAGCCAUUGAAAAGUGGUAGAUUAUCAGGAGGAUCAACUGCUGGAAUCACCAUUGUGGUUAUCCUAGCGUUAGGGAUUUUAACUGCCAUGGCCAUCUAUGGUAACCGGAGGUUUAAGAAGAAUGAAUCCGACGGAGUUCCUAGAAGACAGACGUUUCUUCCUUUUCCAAGAGCUAGAGCCACUCCUGAUGGACUGCAGGAUCCAAAUCCAGCAUAAUUCUUCCUUA